AUGGUGCGUCCCGGCUUCCUGCCGCUCUGGCUCUUGCCGCUCGCGGUCGCGCUUCCCCCAGUCCACCACCAGGACUUCCAGCCCGACCAUGUGCUCAGAGUGUCGGCUGCGACUAUCGACAUUGGCUGCCAGAAGCGACUGUCCGCCGUGGUCAACGGCACCACACCCGGUCCUGAGCUCAGAAUAUCCCCCGGCCGGAGCACCUGGAUCCGCGUGUACAACGACAUGCCCCACGACAAUCUCACAAUGCACUGGCACGGCCUCGCGCAAAGCGCCGCCAUCUUCUCCGACGGCAGCCCUAAGGGAUCCCAGUGGCCUAUCGAGGCGGGCCGCUUCUUCGACUACGAAAUCUACGUAACGGACGAGGAGGCUGGCUCGUACUUUUACCAUUCGCACGUGGGCGUGCAGGCCUUGACUGUGUUUGGCGCCCUGGUGGUGGAAUCGUGCGCGCCGCCGCCCCAUUCCUACGACGAGGAGAGGAUCCUGCUGUGGAGCGACUUGUUCAAUAAGACCGACAAGCAGAUUGAGGACGGCCUGGUCCACGUCCCGUUUGAAUGGAGUGGCGAGACCCAGGGCGUGCUGCUCAACGGGGUGGGCGUCGGUGCCGACGCGGCGGAUGCCCAGCCGAGCCGUAGCUGCCGGCUACCGGUGAUUGACGUCGACCCCGGCAAGACGUACUUGCUUCGCUUCAUCGGCGCGACCGGCCUCUCGCUGCUCUCCAUCGCCUUCGAGGCCCACGACAACCUGACGGUCGUAAAGGUCGACGGCAUGCAAUGGGUCCAGCCGGUCUCGGUGGGCCACGUGCAGAUCGCGUCGGGGCAGCGGUACGACGUCCUCUUCCGCGCCAAAUCGCCCGAGGAGCUGCGGGCCGCCGGCAAGCAGACGUACCUGGUGCAGUUUGAAAGCCAAUCCCGCCCAACCACCUACACGGGCUUCGCGGUUCUGCGCUACGCGCAAGACGCGCCCCUCCCAGCCGUCCCGGCCGUCUCGCCCGUCCACCUCCCCGCCCUCGACACCAACUGGCUAGAGUACCAGCUCCGGCCGCUCGACGCCCGCAGCGCCCGGUGCCCAACCCUCGCCGAAGUCACCCGCAGGGUCGUCAUCCCCGUCUCGCAGCUCACCGACCCGGCGUCCGGCAAAAUCAUCUGGAACAUGGGCAACCAGACCUGGACGGAGAACUCGUUCUCCUCGCCCGCCCUCGUCGACAUCUACAAGCGCGGAGAUGCGGCCGUCCCAGACUACGACGCGGCCGUCCGCAACGGCGGCUGGGACCCCCGCACGGGUCUGUUUGCCGCCCGCGUGGGCGAGGUCCUCGAGAUUGUGUUCCAGAACACGGGGUCGCUGGUGAGCAACAACGGCGGCGUCGACGCGCACCCCAUGCACGCCCACGGCCAGCAUGUCCUUGAGGGCGGCAGCGGAGAUGGUUUGUACGACGCCGACGAGAACGAGAAGAGGCUGGCCGCCAUGGACUACCGGGUUGCGCUGCGCGACACCUCGAUUCUGUAUCGGUAUGCGGCCAAGACGGGGGCCGGACAGCCCGCGGGGUGGCGGAUGUGGAGGAUCCGCGUCUCGGACCCGGGCAUCUGGAUGGUUCAUUGCCACACGCUGCAACACAUGAUUAUGGGGAUGCAGUCGGUGUGGGCGGUCGGCACCGCGGCUGAUAUACAGAGGGUACCGUAUGAGUACAUCAGCGGGUAUCUGGACUUUGGGGGCAGCGCGUACGGGAACCUUUCUUAUUCGCCGCGUAGUGUCCAUGAGUUUAGUGAUGUCAACAAGAAGAGUCAGUCUGGUUGCGAGAUCAAGGUGGACAGUUGCACCAGGCCGCAGUAG